AUGGCCGGAAUUUGGUCAAUAACGAUCACUUUGAGCAUGUUUAUCUAUCGAAUCUUCUUCCAUAGACUACGCAAGAUUCCUGGUCCAACUUGGAUGGCAUUAAGCAAAUGGUUCAUGAUUCGAACAGAUUUGAAAGGUCAAAGGCCAUACAUGUUUCAAGACUUACACAAAAAAUAUGGAGAUGUGAUUCGUGCAGGUCCAAGAGAAGUCAGCGUGAUCGAUCCUAAUGCCUUGUCCACAAUUUAUGGAGCAAACGGUCCAGGAUCAAGAUGUACUCGAGGUCCAUGGUACGAUUUCACUGUUGAAUCAACAAAGAUGCGUGCUCGUAAUUUGCAAACUGUACGAACGAUGCCCGAGCACAAUGCAAGAAGAAAGAUUUGGGAUGCCGGUUUCAGUAUGAAAGCCAUUAAAGGAUAUGAAGCCAACAUUUUGGAUAAUGUCAACUUGACAAUCGAACAAAUCUCUAAACGUGAAAAAGAAGGAUCGAUUGAUAUUGGACAGUGGUGCAGCUGGUUCGGAUUUGAUGUUAUGGGCGAAUUGGGUUUCGGUCGUGGAUUUGAUAUGAUCAAGACUGGGAAGACUGCUCAUGCGAUCGAAUUGCUUGAAUCGGGUGUGAUCCUGAUCAUGGCUUCUGGAAACGUUCCUUAUAUCAUGUCACUCUUUGCUGGCUUGCCCAAUCCAAUCACCGUUUUCGAAGGAUGGAUUAUUGAAACGUUGGAAAAACGUGUCAAAGAAGGUUCAUCGGGAUGCGUGGAGAGGGAUGUAUUCUCUCAUUUGCUAGGAGAAGAAAAAGCUACUGGACAAAAGGCAAGCUUCCCGAUGCUUAGCGCUGACGCUGGACUUUUGGUCGUAGCAGGUAGCGAUACUUCCUCCAACGCAAUGGCAGUAACCCUGUUCAACAUGUUGGCACAUGAAGAGUACUACAAGCGUGUCCAACAAGAGGUGGAAGACGUAUUUGGAGACCAUUUAGCAGAUGAUUUGGAAAAGUUGAACAAAGAUUGUCCUUUGUUGAAUGGUUGCAUCAACGAAACUCUCCGUCUUUGGCCGCCCGUUGCAAGCGGUUUACAGCGAGUCACACCACAUGAAGGAAUGACAUUGCCCAACGGUACCUACAUUCCUGGAAACACAAUCAUCUCCACGCAAACAUAUGCCAUGCAUCGUGAUCCUCGCAAUUUUUCUAAUCCGGAUGAUUUCAUUCCAGAGAGAUGGCUACGCAAACCUGGAAAAGGAGAAAUUUUCAAUUCCAAAGCAUUCGCUGCUUUUGGUUAUGGACCAACGGGAUGUAUCGGCAAAAAUGUUGCAUAUCACGAAAUGAGAGCAUUCGUUGCUAGAUUCGUUCAAACGUUUGAUGCAAAUCUCGAAUCAGGCUUCGAUGUUAAAAAAUUCAAAAAUUCCAUCAAAGAUUGUUUCGUAAUGGUUAAACCUCCAAUCCCUGUUCGUGUUAAAACGAGAUCUACCUCUUUUGCAAUUCUGUAA